AUGUCGUCGGUGGGAUCUAGCGGAGGCUGUCGCCACCAUGCCGGUUGCCGUGUCUGUACUGCCGGGGCCAGGCGGGCUGGCGUCCCGAUCAUGGCGCUCAUCGUCAUCGGCUGGACGGUCCUGCCGAGUUCUACCUUCUCAGUAGGUGAUCACAUGGUGGACGUUCCUAUCGGCGCAGUGUUCGAGGCCAACCGGAGCACAUUAGACGAAGAGGCCUUCCUGUACGCCGUGAGACAGAUCAACCAGGGCCGGACUGUCCUGCCUAAAGCCCGGCUGGUCCCGCACGUGGAGCGGCUCCACUCGCCAGAUCCCUUCCUCGCCAUCCAAACAGGAUGUUCCCUGCUCGGGAAAGGCGUGGCCGCCGUGCUGAGUUGUACGUCCUGCCCGGCAAACUUCGGGCUGCAGACCGUCGCCAACUCCCUGCACGUCCCGCACGUCUUCGUGUCACAGGAUAACUGCAGAGUCAUGCACAGCCGGGGCUACACCGUGAGCAUGCGCCCUUCGCAGGAGGAGGUUGAUCGGGACCUUGUAGACGUCAUCACUCGGCUGAAAUGGAAGAGCAUGAUGAUACUUUUUGACGACUAUUAUGACUUCUCCCAUGUGCAGAGUCUGUUGUCUCUCACAAGAAAGACAUUUCUGGAGGUCGUUCUCCUUCGCGUGGAGAAAUUCACAGGCGGAAAUGACGUCACGGAAUGGCAGGCAAACGCGAAGAAAUCGCCUUUGGUGGAGUACGGGGGCAAAUUGCGACGUGCGGUUCUCCUGUGCUCUGCAGAAAACUCUGUCCGGCUGGUGAAACAGGCGUCAGGAGCGGGGAUACUUACACCAGAGCACAACUGGAUCAUCGCAAACAAGGAAGUCACCUUGGAGACGUUACAAUCUCUCCACACAUCGUCUGAUGUCUUCACGGUGAUGCGCCGUCCGUUGUCUUAUAACGAGUACACGAGCCGCUUUCUCAGGCACUGGUCAACACUGACCACUGGUGACCAGGACGGUAGGGCACUACAGGACGCCAGAUUAUCGGCAGCGUACAUGUAUGACGCCGUACAUCUCCUGGCCAGCGCCUUUUCUUCCCUCCUCAACACGAGAGGCUGGAUCGGACCCAACCGACUCACGUGUAAAACGGACACAUCCACACCGUGGAAUGGCGGUCUGAUGUUCAUGGAUGCUCUAAGAGAGGUGCAGAUCUCAGGAGUCAUGGGGAGGUCAAAGUUCAGCGGGAGCGGCUAUAACCUCGACGCGCAUGUGCAGGUUUUACAACUCGAAAGAAGACAAGACAGGUCAAAGAUGAGGCAGGAAGAACCCUUCGCCUUUAGAGUGGACACUUCAGGUGGACCGGAAUUUUCCGGAUUCUGUAUGGACCUUCUGAAAGAACUGUCAAUCAUGCUGGACUACGACUAUGAGCUGUACGAGGUGCAUGAUGGGAAGUAUGGAAGCCGCGGUGCAGAUGGGACAUGGAGCGGGAUGGUUGGUGACGUCAUGACGGGGAAGGCAGAUUUCGCAAUAGGAGCCCUGGUGUUGAUUGCUGCUCGGGAAGGUGUGGUGGACUUUACCAUGAGAUUCAUGGACUUUUCUUUGGGAGUUCUCAUGAGACAAGCUGAAGAGGAAAAUUACUUCUUCUUCCUGGAACCUUUCCACCCAAAGGUCUGGCUGUGUGUCGCUGCAGCCCUGCUCCUUGUCUGCGGCGUGCUGCUGACUCUCCACAGACUCCAGUCUAACAAAAAAACGUUGCCGACCAGGCAGAGUUACUACACGAUGUGGUUUGCUCACAGUUCACUUCUAGGUGGACACAUUGGGCUACGUCACGUAUCCAGGAAAAUUUUGGCGGGAGUUUGGUGGGUUUUCGCGUUCUUCCUUCUCUCCUCGUACACGGCAGAGUUGGCCGCCAUUUUGACAGUGACCCGGAUGGAGAAGAACACCAUCAGUUCAUUGGAAGACCUGUCGUCCCAAACAGACCUCCCAUACGGCACCGUGGCACAGUCCAGCAUUGCAGAGUUACUUUCCGAGUCUAGUCUGGACACGUACGGGCGGAUGUGGAGCUUCAUGACCAGUGGGGACUAUCCGGGAACUCUGGUCAGCACCAAGGACAGGGGCAUCCGACAGGCGAGGGAAGAUGCCAGUGGGGAUCUUCACAUCGUGGUGGUGCCGUCUGUCCAGCCGUCAGCAGCUCAGCACCAGGACGAGGUUCAAAAGGAACAAGCCCAGUUUUACACCGGCGCGGAGGCGACGGAUUCAAGCCAAAGUUCCAAGGACCUUUCGGUACCUCUGUGAUGAGGAUGGUGUCUGAAAUUAGACCCUUUCACAAUUCCCAGAAUUAAAGGACUUCUUCAUC